AUGGGCCCGAGGAACGUGUCGAUGGGCUCUGCAUCGGGCGGCUCGCCCAGGCGGCGGGCGAGGGCGCGGGCGGGCGGCAUGCGAUGGAAGCCGCAGCUGACGGUGCCGGAGCCGUUUUCGUUCACGAUGCGGUCGACGCCCAAGACGCGGUCGCAGAAGCGGCUGGAGGCCGAGACGCUGCGGCGCGAGAUCGAGGAGAGUGCCGCCAUGAAUGCGUCGUUUGAGGCCAAGCCGAUUCCUGCCGACGUGCUCAUUCCCAAGUUUGACCGGCUGAUGCAGAAGCAGGAGCGGCGGCGGGAGGAGGUGCGCAAGCGGAGCAAGGCCAUCACACUUGCGCGCGAGAAGCCGUUCUCGUUCUACCAGCGCGACAAAGAGAUGUGGGAGGCACGGGUGCAGGCGCGGACGCCGUCGCCCGAGCCCGUGGCGCCGUUUGUGGCCAACCCGAUUCCGGCCGAGGUCCGGCUCGAGGAGGCGCUUGUCGAGUCGAUCGAGGCUGACAAGAACAAGCGGCGCAAGGAGCGGGUGAACGCACGGGCGCAGGCGCUGCUCAAGGCCGCGUCGCUGCCGCCGCGGAUGGAGGCGCACAACCAGGCAUAUGCCGAAAAGGUGCGCAAGCUCAAGGAGGAGGAGGCGCGAAUCAAGGCUCAGGGCCACCGGCCGUCGUCGGUGGCAGUGGGCAACACCGGGGCGGCGCCGGAUGCCGAGCUGGUGCGGCUCCGCGGUGGAGCUGCCCACAACGACCUCACCUUUUCGCCCAAGAUCAAUACUCAGAUCCCCGACUUUGCGGCCAAGCAGGCAGCGUUUGACGCGGCGCUCAAGAAGCGGCAGCAUCAGCGGAAGCCGACCAAGGCCAAGCCGUUCAACUUCCGCACCGAGCGCAUCGACACGACAGGCAAAGUCCUGGCUGACAUCGAGCGCGACGAAGAGGUGCUGGUCGAGAACCGGUGGCCGUACGCUACGCCGCGCGCCAAGAUCGCGCCGACGCCCAUGCCCGACUAUGGGUGCUCCAUUGAUCCGGGCUGGACCCGGUCGGCGCAGCUCAAGGUCGAGGUGGCUAAGCAGCGCGCCCGCGAGCGCGAGGCUGCGGCGGAAGCCGAGCGGCAGCACCUGGCUCAGAUCAAGAAGCGGCGAGCCAAGCUCGCGCGCAAGCUCGUGCCCAAGCUCAAGGACAACAUCGACCUGUUUGAGGCGCGCAAGCGCAAGAAGGUCGCCGCGCAUCGGAAGGCCUUUGCCCGCGCCGAGGCCGAUUACAAGGCUUCGAUCCGGGCCAUGCGUGCUAGGGUCGACGCCCGGCCGUUCCUCUUUGAGACGGCUUCAAUCGAAGCUGCCGAGCAGCGGGCUCAAGCCAAGUUUGAGGCCGCCAUGGCCCGGGCCGGCAUCGACAUCGACGACUACUACGACGAGGAGGCCGAGUUGGCCAACGUCUCGCGCUACGCCGCCUCGGCUGCCCGCAAGUGGGACGCCAACGGCGAUGACGAGCCGGAAUAUGACUUUGCAGGCAGCAGUGACGGUGACGAUGAGCAGGUGAGGGCGAGCGGGAACGGUGUUGACGCCGAGCCAGUUGCGGUUGCCGGCGUGGACGAUCUGGAGUUUCAUUCUGAUGAUGACGACAGCUAUGGCGAUGUCGCUGGCGAUGCCGAGGUCGAUGGCGAUGCCGAGGUCGAUGGCGAGUCCGAGGCCGAGUCCGAGGCUGAUGACGAGGCUGAGAAGGCUGGCGAAGAGAAGAAGACGCCAUCGACGAUGACAACGACGACGACAACGACGGUAACCAAGACUACGACGCACACGACCGAGAGCUGGGAGGCUGAUGAGGCUGACGAGGCCGAUACCGUAGGCGCUGCUGACGAGGCUCUGUCUGGGGCGCUGUCUGGGGCGUCUUCUACGGCGUCUUCUGUGGCGUCUUCUGUGGCGUCGAUCGCGAUUUCCGACGUAUCGGAUGCGUCGUGCGGCUCGGCUGACGAAUCAGCGGCGUCUGGCUCGGGCUCUGGAUCGGCCGCAUCGGCCAAGAGCUCUGCAGCUAGCUCAGCAGGGUCUAGGCGGGCCCCCGGCUCGUCGUCGUCGUCGUCGUCCCAGCCUAGCAGCUCCAGCUCGAGCUCCGGCUCGUCGUCGUCGAGCGACGGCGAUGCUGAGCGGUUGUAAAAGGAGGGCACACCCA